AUGGCUUCCAAUCACGUGCCAAGUGACCAAGUACCUCUGCAGGGUCAGAACAUCUACUCGGACCCCUCUUACUCCAAUUUCUUCCCCAAUAAUGUCGAGCGCUAUGGUACCCCGUCCUGGGAAGCACAGCUGCAUCAGAAUCCUGCCCUGACACCCAAUUCAUCCACCCACACCUGGCACAGCACCUAUCCUCAGCAGCCCUUCCACCCUCAUGGCCAACCAUACGGAGCGCAGACACAAGCAUUUCGAACGGCAUCGCCCUACCAGUACGGCCAGUUCAAUGGCCCGGCGAGCACCUUUGGCCAUGCUGCAGUCGUGGAUCCAUCACUGGCCCUCAAUCCCAACGGCCUGCGCCAGCAGCAACAGUCGCCCUACCAAGUACUCGUACGCAUCGCCACGCCGUCAAGUCAAUCUGGCACCGUGACCCCGCAAGCGCUGCAGCAAAACACAGCAACUUUCCAAAACUCACGUCCGUCAGCAUCCCCCUUUCAGGUGCCACAGAGCACCGCCGAACAGUUCAGUCAACAGACGGCACCGUCAGCAUUCGCUAGACCUGUCCGCAAUCCAGUUUACGAAAUUCCAAAGGGCAGAAAAUCUGGCGGACUCUACGUCCUGGAUACAGCUGCUUUGGCGAAAGCCACAAACUCGACUGCUUUGAACAAACUCGUGACACUUGGCGCAGAGCCGCUUCAGCUAGCUACCAAUAGAACUGCAUUGCCUCUGUAUACAGCCCGGCAAUCCAUCAAGGAGCUGAGGAAAGCGGGAGCCGACAACAAGAAGCUUCUUGCCAAGCUUUCCUCGUCCAGAUCGUCGCUUUCGAGAGCAAUCAAGUUCAGCAAGAACAAUGCUGGCAGCCCCGGGCGCCUCAAACGAGAAGUCAGCGACAGCGAAAGCUACACCGAGUCGUCGGAAGACGACAGCGAGUACAGUGAUUCUGAGGAUGAGGAAGAGUCUCCGCUACCCACUUCGCGACCAGAUGACGACCCGCACAAAGCCGUGUGUUACGACGUCAUCAAGGCAUCCUGGUUCCCGCGAAGGUCUGCUCUCAACUCAGAGAAGAUCAAAAACAGCAUGCGUGAUCUGUGGGAGGUGUUGAACACCAUCCAAAAGCGCUGGCGAGCUGACAGCAAGGCGGUCACGGAAGCGGAGGAGGCAAAGAAGAUGGGCGAGCUGCCCACUCUCAAGAGUCGUGUCACAAGCCAACGGGACUUGUUGCAAUCUGCCCUGAAAGCCGCGCUCGAUCACGCGCAUCCUGAUGUCUUGUAUCAUUUGGGACAAGUGAAGCCAUUCCUGUAUCUCUGUUAUCAGUUCUUGGCGAAUCGUUUCAAGGCCAAGGAUUUUGACGGGCCAUUGCCGACUGCCAUUUACGAGAUUUUGGCGCAGUGUGGGACCCUUACUACAGAGCUCAUUGAAGAAACUAAGGUGUCCAAAGCAUUGGUCUCUAUGAAGAAACAGGCGAAUGACAAAAACAAAGCUUUCAUCCAACAGGUCGUUGAAGCCGCAGCUGCGGGGUCCAAGAAGGCCAAAGCAAGCUCCCCGCCAGCAGCUGGGUCAACAGAGGCCAAGGUUGCAAAGCGGCCUGCCUCGGAGCCAGCCGCGCGCUCCACUGGUGAAGGCCCGUCAGUAAAGAAGGCCAAGCCGGCCGAAGCCCCUCCUGCUGCAGUCAAGAAAGAGCUUGUCGUAGGAGGAGUAAAGCCCGUGUCGACAUCUGGUGUGCAGAAGCGACCAGGCGAGAAGCCUAUAGGUGCACCUGCGCCUGUUCGGGCUCGUGUAAACCCCGUUGCCAACAAACCAUCCAGUAUAUUCGCAUCUCUCCAUGCCGCCAGCAAGAAGCCUAUCACGAACGCUGCAGCUCCCAUGGGAGCCAAGUCGAUUACUCAGCCCAAGGCUACCUCAGCAACUACCAAGGACAAGAAGUCGACGGCAGCAACGGCCAAACCAUCAGCAUUCUCCUUCGCAUCUACCAUGGCGGCACUUACCAAGCCGAAAGAGCCAGAAGCUGCACCGACCAAGUCCGAGAAGGACGUAUCGAACGAGACGGCUGAGCAAAAAGCGAAGCGUGUCAGGAAAGAGGCUAGACGCCAUCUGCGCGUGACUUUUCGCCCGGACGCCUCUCUGGUCGCGAUCAAAUACUUCAGUCACGAUCCUGAUGAAGAGCUUGGGCACGAAGAGAACUACACUCGCGACGCGGGUGAUCUUGGCGGCGAGGGCCACAUGUUCAAGCAACACAAGGAGCUUGAUGAAGAUGAGGACAGCGACGACGAUGAGACCGAGUAUCGACCUUGGACGGAGCCGUCUCCAGUCGAUUUCAGCGUGGUCGAUGCGGAGGAGCGCAAACGCAACUACCUUCCCUACGGCGGGGGCGAGGCCGUACCGACUUGUCCGGAGAAGGAGGCGAACGUGCAGCGCGAGAACGACACGUUGAUGGUGUUUUACACGAACCCGGUUGAUAUUCCACCUUCGCCUCGGGAGCCUCUGGAGCAGAACGAGGACCGGGCUGCAGCGGUUACCAUGUUUGGUACGCCUCCUGACAAGUGUCUGCAGAGGUGUCCACAAACCAUAGCGCCCACGACCGCCCCCCCGGCUGCUGACUUUAGCGGGCUGGAGAGUAUCAUCGCGCAGCUUGCCAGUCAGAACCAAGCGGCGGCGGCGGCUGCACCCGCUCCCGCUGCAGCCACAUAUACGCCACCUGCUCCAGCCACAUAUACGCCACCUGCUCCAGCCGCUGCUCCCGUAGACCUUGCCGCUCUUCUUGGGUCCCUACAACAGGCCCCUGCGGUAGCUGGGCAAGCUGCUGUCGCAGCACCGCAGUUCCCACCUCAACCCCCUGGCGCGCCCCCCAUCGACUUCGCUGCCAUCAUGGCAGCCAUGCAGGCUGGCGGUGGCAACCUCCCUCCACCCCCUCCGAUGCCGCCCGGCUUCCCUCCUGCAGGCUUCCCCGGCUUGAACUUUGCCUUCCCACCGCAGCCCGUACAGGGCGAGGCAGCCGCGUACCCGGCGCAGUCGCAGGACGGGCAUUACGGACAGGAGUACGGACAGGAGUAUGGACAGGAGUACGGACAGGAGUACCAGCAGGAGUACCAGCCAGGCAAUGGCGGGACCAAGCGGCAGCGUGAUGAUGGCAACAGCAGCAGCAACGAGCGUGCGGGCCAAGGCAAGAAGCACAAGAGCGGUGGAAAGCCUCACAAGGUGCUCGCGUGCAAGUUCUUCCAGAAGGGCACGUGCAACAAGGGGGACAGCUGCACGUACAUUCACGACCUCAACGCGUAG